AUGCCUGAGAGUCGCCAUGAAAGGAGGCCCUCCGUAGGUGCCCCGGUCUCGAGCCUCCAAGGCCCAAUUGGUCCGGGGUUCAGCCGUCCGAAACACAAGCGUAACUACACUGGUUUUGGGAGAGCCGAGAUCAAGAGUGUCGAAGCCAGUAUUCCUGAAGCGUUGAGGGAGGCAUGGAAGAAGCAUUCUGCCUAUGGUUUCACAAACAAAGAUGAGUUUGAACACGAAUUGGUGCGACAUGUCGAAACCACACUAGCUCGAUCGCUGUACAACUGUGAUGAAUUGGCUGCAUACUCUGGGACCGCUCUGGCAUUUCGAGACCGUUUGAUCAUUGAAUGGAACAAAACCCAGCAGAGACAGACUCUCAACGACCAGAAAAGGGUCUAUUAUCUUUCUCUCGAAUUCCUCAUGGGCAGAGCUUUGGAUAACGCAAUGCUCAACGUAGGCAUGAAAGAUGUUGCGCGAGAUGGUCUAAAUGACCUAGGCUUUCGCGUUGAAGAUGUCAUCAACCAGGAGCAUGACGCCGCUCUCGGUAACGGCGGUCUAGGACGCCUAGCCGCUUGCCUCCUUGACAGCCUUGCAACCCUCAACUACCCUGCCUGGGGCUAUGGGCUGCGUUACCGUUAUGGAAUAUUCAAACAGGAGAUCGUGGACGGUUACCAGGUUGAGAUUCCCGAUUAUUGGUUGGAUUUCAACCCCUGGGAGUUUCCCCGCCACGAGAUCACGGUCAACAUUCAAUUCUACGGCUGGGUAAAGUCGUAUGAGGAUGUAAAUGGCAAGACCGUCCACUCCUGGCAGGAUGGUGAGACCGUGCAGGCUGUAGCCUAUGACGUUCCAGUUCCAGGUUACGGUACUCGAACGACAAACAAUCUCCGCCUCUGGUCGAGCAAAGCCGCAAGUGGUGAGUUUGAUUUCCAGAAAUUCAAUGCCGGCGAAUAUGAAAGUGCAGUGGCAGACCAGCAGCGCGCGGAAACCAUUUCGGCGGUUCUCUACCCCAAUGACAAUUUGGACAGAGGCAAAGAGCUACGGUUAAAGCAGCAAUACUUUUGGUGCGCUGCCUCUCUGUUUGACAUUGUGAGGCGGUUCAAAAAGACAAACCGAGCAUGGAGCGAGUUCCCGGACCAGGUUGCCAUUCAGCUCAAUGACACCCACCCAACACUGGCGAUUGUCGAACUUCAGCGUAUCCUCAUUGACCAGGAAGGGUUGGAAUGGGACGAGGCCUGGAAUAUCGUCACCAACACAUUUGGAUAUACCAAUCACACUGUUUUACCAGAGGCACUGGAGAAGUGGUCGGUUCCUCUGAUGCAAAACCUCCUCCCGCGGCAUAUGCAAAUCAUCUUUGAUAUCAAUCUCUACUUCCUGCAGACGGUUGAGAAGAAACUUCCCAAGGAUAGAGAUAUACUUUCGCGAGUGUCCAUCAUCGAGGAGUCCCAUCCCAAGAUGGUCCGAAUGGCUCAUAUUGCAGUCAUUGGCUCCCACAAAGUCAACGGUGUGGCAGAACUACAUUCGGAUCUGAUCCAGACUACCAUCUUUAGAGAUUUUGUAACGAUAUAUGGCCCUGACAAGUUCACCAACGUCACCAACGGCGUCACUCCUCGCCGCUGGCUUCACCAAGCCAACCCUAGAUUAUCCGAUCUGAUUGCCUCCAAGAUUGGAGGCUACGAUUUUCUCACAGACUUGACUUUGUUAGAUCAGCUUGAGCGCUACGCAGAUGACAAAGAGUUUCAACAGGAAUGGGCCGAAAUCAAAACGUCUAACAAGCUUCGCCUUGCCAAACACAUCAAGGAGGCCACGGGCUAUAGUGUGAACCCAAAUUCGCUCUUUGACGUCCAAGUUAAGCGCAUCCACGAGUAUAAGCGCCAGCAACUUAACAUAUUCGGCGUCAUCCACCGGUAUCUCAAGAUCAAGUCCCUAUCCGCCAAGGAGAGAAAGAAUGUCCAGCCGCGAGUGUCCAUCUUUGGAGGCAAAGCAGCGCCAGGUUACUGGAUGGCCAAGACAAUCAUCCACCUCAUCAACGAAGUAUCGUCCGUUGUUAACAAUGACAAGGAUGUAGGCGACCUACUCAAAGUCAUCUUUGUGGAGGACUACAACGUUAGCAAGGCAGAGAUCAUCUGCCCCGCGUCUGAUAUCAGCGAACACAUCUCCACCGCUGGCACAGAGGCAAGUGGGACUAGCAACAUGAAGUUUGUCCUCAAUGGAGGCCUCAUUAUUGGCACCUGUGAUGGAGCAAACAUCGAGAUAACCCGCGAGAUCGGCGAACAAAACAUCUUUCUCUUCGGUAACCUUGCCGAAGAUGUCGAAGAGAUCCGGCACAAACACUUCUACGGCGGCUUCAAAUUAGACCCUGACCUGGCCCGCGUCUUUGACGCCAUCCGCGCUGGCACAUUCGGGGAUCCGUCCCACUUUUCUGCGCUGCUUGCCUCCAUUGCCGAGCAUGGGGACUAUUACCUUGUCUCAGAUGACUUUAGUUCAUACAUUGCGACCCAGGAUAUAAUCGACAAGGCCUUCAAAGACCAGCAUGAGUGGAUCUCAAAGAGCAUCACCAGUGUUGCAAGGAUGGGGUUCUUCUCAACCGAUCGAGUGAUCAAUGAGUAUGCGGAUAGCAUCUGGAACGUGGAGCCACUGGCUGUAACAGACUGA